CUGAUUCUGGACAUCAUUACAGCUGUGACAGCAAAAAGGAUGGCAAAGAAGCCACGAGACAGUCGAGUAUAACUUGAGACUUAAUUGUCUGAUGUAUAUUCAUCUCACACUUUGAGGUUUAUAUAGGAUUACAAAAAGAAAGCAUACAGUUCACUACAGCUCAUCUAUCACUAUACCUAACACUACAGCUCAUCUAUCACUUAAUUGUAAAAGGUUGAUGACUCACGACAGAGACGGCAACAAGGACGGCAUAGAAGCCAUGUGACAGCGAGGUACAAUCAGAAAAUGAUGGCAGUUUUGCAAGAUAAUUUGAUUUAAUCUUGGCCGCAAUAAGAUGACUGCAAGGAAGGUCUUCAAUUUCUGAAAGAUGAUCAAUGGUUUAAUGUUCCAAUUGUUCCCUGAGGCACUUCUCAUUGAUGUUGGUGAUCAAGCAGAGGGGCGAUUCAAUUAAGCGUAUGGUUCUUAUCAAUAUAUAAACAUUAGAUCAAAGAUAUGGGAGUGCCAAAAGAGAGUGUAGGUGUCUGGGAGAAAGUUUGGACAGAGGAAGUACAGAAUUAAAUUCUGGUUGUGCUUCCAAUACUGGUUAGCUGGGAGGGAUGCCUAGAGAUGAGGAUUAGCGGCUCAUUGAGCAGCACUGGGGUUGUUCUCACAAACGGUGUCGUUUGUAUAUUAUUUAUGUAGAAUUACUUUUUUUUUUUUUUAAAUACUCUUCUUUGGGGUACUAAACUUAUACAGGAAGCAGGUUACAAACUACUACGUCGUACUACAAAACGCCCUUAGAGGCUCGCAUGAAUACAAGAUUAUCCUAGUUAAUUAAUAGGUUUUUUAUUUAUUUUAGAUGUACCUAGUUAAUAGAUUUGGGUGUAUAUUAAAAGAAUUUUAUAGGUAGGUUUAUCUAAUAUGUGUAGUGAAAUUGGGUGUAUAAUGAAAUUCUUCUUGCAUAUAUAUAGAUGGUUGUGAUCAAGUCAAACUAAUAAUCUAGUUGGCUAAAUCAACGAAUAACCACAAUGCUUUGAGAAUACAAACUGUUUUGGUUUACAUGCAGUUAGCCAAAACAGAAUGGAUGGUUCUGAUUAGUAAGUUGAACAUACAUAUAUUAAGGUUUUCACUCUCGAGUCAGUAGUUUGUUUACGAACAUUAUGUUUUGAUCUAACUUUAUCAUUUCUUGAUACAUUAAUUUUUAUUACGGUAAAUAAGAAAUAACGUAUAACAAGUCGCUAACAAUACAAUAUCAAUCCUUAACAUGUCAAUUUUUUCACAUAAGAUAUUAAGAUACAUGUCCAUAUAGCACAAAUUCAUGUGGUGCACUUUAAAUAUAGGAUUCAUAUGUAGAUAUAAGUAAAAGUAGGAUUAUCUACCCCAUUUCCUAACAAGAACAAGGGUUUGUUGCAACCAGCUCUUUGACUUAAACAUGGGUUGAGAUGAGCACGUCGAAAUUCUAAGAAAAAACCCACAAUAUCCAAACGGGGAGGAGCAUGCAACUUUUCGUUCCCAAAUUUUCAUUUUUUCUGUCAUGCUCUUGAUCCUCAACCAAAGCACAGAAAAUCGUGAUUGAUUAUUCUUUAUUCAUUCUUGUUCUUUUUUAUUGAUUGAUGCUAAUUCUUGGCUCCAUAUUUAUAGCCCGCAUUUGAUCCCCUUAAUUUGCCUCUUCCUACAACAUUUCUUGCCUUUUGGGGGUCAGAGAAAUUAAGCUUCAUUUUCUGGCAUUUCUCCAGCUUGUUUGGAUAUUGGUUGGGGUCACAUUGUAAAAGAAUCGAACCUCCGACCUAACCUAUUUCGAUAGAUAUGGGAGGUUGCUGCACCAAAGAUGCCUUGUAUUAUGGGAAUAACAUAGAGGAUGAUCGUUAUUGUAAGGAUAGUACUGAAUAUGAGGGUGAUGAUGAUAACAAUAUAAAGUAUGGGGACAAUGGAGCCCGGAUAAGAAUGCAAGGCUCUUCUAGGUACAUUUCAAUGUACACUCAGCAAGGAAAAAAGGGGAUCAAUCAAGAUGCUAUGACAGUUUGGGAGGAUUUUGCUGAGAAGGACAUGUACUUCUGUGGUGUGUUUGAUGGCCAUGGCCCUGAUGGUCAUAAGAUAGCGCGAUAUGUACGUGACAAUUUACCUUCAAAGCUCUCCCAAGUUGUCAAAAUUUACCAGCUUAACACUGGCAUUUUCGACAAUGCUAAUGCUGCCUCAAGUUUCUUCAAUCAAGAAAACAACACAAACCCCAUAAGUAAAGGCAGUCAAGAUUUGUCUCUUUCUUCAUGGGAAGCCAGUUUUGUUAAAUCAUUCAAGGAUAUGGACGAAGAGCUUAGCCUCGAUUCAACCAUCGAUAGCUUCUGCAGUGGUUCAACAGCUGUAAAUGUAGUUAAACAGGGUGAUCACUUGGUAAUUGCGAACUUGGGGGAUUCUCGUGCAGUUCUUGGCACUAGGGGAGAGGAUAAUCAAAUCGUUCCUGUCCAACUCACAGUUGAUUUAAAACCGGAUACUCCAAGUGAAGCAGAUAGAAUUAAAAAGUGCAACGGCAGAAUUUUUGCAUUGGAUGAAGAACCGGAAGUGUACAGAUUAUGGAUGCCGGAUGAAGACUGCCCUGGUCUAGCAAUGGCACGGGCCUUUGGAGAUUUCUGCCUCAAAGAUUAUGGCCUUAUCUCCAUUCCUGAAGUUUGCUACAAAAACAUCACAAGCGAUGAUGAAUUUGUGGUCUUGGCAACUGAUGGGGUAUGGGAUGCUUUGUCAAACGCUAAUGUGGUAAAGAUAGUUGCUUCUGCAAAGAAGCGAUCUACAGCAGCGAAGUUGUUAGUCAAGCGAGCUGUUAGAGCAUGGAAAAGAAAAUAUCCAGAAUCUAAAAUGGAUGACUGCUCAGUUAUAUGCUUGUUCCUGAAAGACCAACCUUCUUUAUCUCACUCAAUGUCUCACGGGAGCCGGGGAAGAGUAAAUGAUCCGGCGCUUGUUUCUUAUUACAGCACUAAAUCGAAUGUUCCAACCGAUGAAGGAGGCACCGAAAUGUCUGUUGUAAAUAGCAAAAUCUCAGAAGACUCAAAAGAUGGGUUGAGUGAUCUCGAUGGUUCUACAAGAGUAAAUUCCAUUUUGAAUGUUUCACGAUAUGAUAACGUUUUGACUUGGCGGAAAACAUCGAAGGAUUUUGAAGAGGUUGAAGCUCAUUAAUCGGUUCUCAAUGAGAUAUUCCUAUUGCCCUGUCAACAGUAUCUUAAUCUGAAGACCAAAAAUAUGGUCUUAACAGAAUGAUUUGCAAUCUGGGUUUAAAGAAUCAAUAUCCAGCUGCUUAGAACAUUUCCAUAUAUGUUUGCUUUGAUGUCUACCAGCACCUUCUCUAUAGUGCAAUUCAGCUACCUGCCAAAUAUUAAAGAAAAGGGGCUCUGAAUUAGAAUUGGUUAGGGGAAAUUGUACAUAUUUCUCUUACUAGCUAGUUACUUAGAAGCGCAAUGUAAAUAAGGGAUACUGAAUCAUGAGCCUACGUCUAUAUACUAUACCGUAAAAUCAUGUUUGUGUAUCAUAUUGAUACCGGUAUCGAUUAAUCAUACUUCAUUUCUAAA